AUGCCAUUUUCGAAGAUUGCCACUCUUGCAACUGCAGUUGCAUUUGCAUCAAAGGUUGCCUGCCAUGGCACCGUCACCGGCAUUGUUGCGGAUGGCGUCUACUACCAGGGUUACAGUGCCAACUUCCAAUAUAUGGCGGCAGAGCCCGUAGUUGUAGGAUGGAGCACCCCACAAAACCAAGGCAAUGGUCCAAUUACUCCAGACGCAUACGCUACCUCAGAUAUUAUCUGCCAUCUGGGUGCAACUAACGCCCAGACUUCGGCCAAAGUUGCUGCUGGAGGAACUGUUGAAUUGCAAUGGACAGCAUGGCCUGAGUCUCACCACGGCCCAGUCAUCGACUACCUCGCACCUUGCUCCGAUGGGGAUUGCAAGACCGUUGAUAAAACAACUUUGGAGUUCUUCAAGAUCGAUGGAGUUGGUCUCAUCGACGACACAACCGUUCCAGGGACCUGGGCUGACGAUCAGCUUAUUGCCAACAACAAUACAUGGGCAGUCACUAUUCCUUCUGAUAUCGCUCCUGGCCAUUACGUUCUCCGCCACGAAAUCAUCGCUCUGCACUCCGCCGGAGAGACCAACGGUGCUCAAAACUACCCACAAUGUUUUAACCUCGAGGUGACAGGCUCAGGAACUGCCACACCCUCUGGAACUCUUGGAACCGCCCUGUAUACGGCGGAUGAGGCUGGCAUUUUGGUGAACAUCUACCAGACAAUUGCUAGCUAUCUUGUGCCUGGUCCUGCAUUAUACAGUGGAGCUGCCAAUAGCUCUGAAUCUGCUGUCCCAGCUGCAACAACCGUAGCUGGCGAAGUUCCAUCUAGCAGCGCUGCUCCAACAUCUGUAGUAGCCACCAGCACUUUACCAGUAUCAGCUGGCAUCAUUGCCCCAGCUGGUUCAUACCCAACUGGAGCACCCUACAGUAACAGCACCGCAACAAGAACCAAGAAGACCAAGUCUGCUUGCAAAGCAAAGACAAAGGCCAGUACAGCUGUUUCCGUUCCAACAUUCGCCAGCAGCGUCACCAUCCCAACUGCCUCUUCCACACCAACAGCUGGAUCAGACGAGUCAAGCUCUACAAUUGCAAAAUCUGCUACGACCUCCUCUGCCACUUCAAGCAAGAUUCCAUCCGGUACAACUCUUGACACAGUCCUCGCUUGGAUCGCUUCCUUCUACACCGAGCACAAAGAUACAGCGUAUUCUGGUGCAUCUGUGGCUCGCCGUCAACAUGCUCGUGCUAUUAUUCCUCGACGAGUCCCACAAUAG